AUGAUUUCUUUUGUCAACAUUGAGGGUUUUGAUGAAUUUGCUAAAUACACUGAAUCGAUUGAUCAGAAAGGUCCACCGGUUUUAUUUUAUUUUAGUGGAUCAAAAUUGCCUGAUGGUAGAAGCUGGUGUCCGGACUGCGUAGAAGCUGAACCUAUAAUCAAAGCAUUUUUAGAUGAGUUGAAAAAAAAUGUCAUAUUUGUUUAUGUUGAUGUUGGUGACAGAGAAUACUGGAAAGAUAAAGCCUGCCCAUUCAGAACUGACAGUCGUACAAAACUUAUGGUCAUUCCAACUAUAAUUAAGUGGAAAGGAGUUCAGAGGCUUGAAGGCAGUCAGUGUACUAAACGGGAACUUUUACAGAUGUUGUUUGAAGAGGACGAC